AUGACGAUACACUCAGCUCUCUCAACGCAUUUAAUUAGUCUUUCAAGUUUAUCAAACUCCUCAGGAUCUCCGGAACUUGAUUUGAAUCAAAUUGUUUUGAGAAAAAAAAUUAUACUAUCUUCAUCAACAGAUACUAGUAUAUCUAUUUUGAAUAAUUCUACUUCAUCCAAACAAGACAAUCAACAAAGCUCUGAACAUCAACAAAUUUUAAUUGAGAAUUCAAAUCAAUGGCAGACCCCAGAAUCAAAGAAUCUAAUAAAAUUUCAAAAGACUCCUGGCAAAACAAAACGAAGGAUCGGUGCUAGGUCAAGCCAAUCUUCGGAAAUUUUCAGGUUUUCUCUGCUUUUUAUUUCAAAAAAUAUUUUUUCUAGUGCUUUGCAAAAACGAGUUCUCACCGAGAUGGGCAUUAAACCGGAGGGCCAGAGUAAGCGAAAUACACUGAACCAAUGGCUUCAAUUUGGACAAUUUGUCCGAUUUAAACCGCUUUAUGAGGGCUCAUAUGCUGAACCACUCAAUUCUGCGUCCAUAAUUUAUGUGUGUGAAUUUUGUCUUACUCAUUUCUUGUCAUUGCAACUGUUUAAAACUCACGUGAAAUUCUGUCCGUGUUGCUUUCCUCCAGGCAACGAAAUAUACAGGGACGUAGACGAGGGAAUUUGCAUUUGGGAGACGUAUUGUCGAAAUCUUUGUUUAAUGGCCAAAUUGUUCAUGUCGUCUAAAACACUUUACCACGAAGUGGAUACAUUUACUUUCUACAUUCUUGCUGAAAUUUCAACGAGAGGUUGUGUGACUGUCGGAUAUUUUUCAAAAGAAAAGAAUCCAAGUAAAAAUAACAAUCUCAGCUGUCUUCUAACAUUACCUCAUGCUCAAGGGAAAGGAUAUGGAAAAUUGUUAAUUGAUCUCAGUGGGAAGAUUUUUUUGUUUUAUUUAUUUUCUAUUUUAAGGCUAUCAAUUUUCAAAACUCGAACACAAAAUUGGUUCUCCAGAACAUCCCUUAUCUGA